AGAAUGUGGGAACGGGGCGCCGCCGCCUGAUUGGGAUGCUUUGUAUCUGGAGAGGCGCUCCUGAUUGGCCUGGGGCCCCGGCCCGAGCUGUCCUCCAUUCAGCCCACUCAAGGGCCGCACAUCUCGCCCGCGCACAGAGCUCGCGGCUGCCGGGCCUGCCCCAGGUCAGCUCUGCGCCCCUCCUCGGAGCUGCCGGCCGCCAGCAGAGUCCACCCUCUUCAUGGAAAGCCCCAGGCAGUGGCCCCCUGGUGAUGGCAUCCGACAGUGACGUGAAGAUGUUGCUGAACUUUGUGAACCUGGCCUCCAGCGACAUCAAGGCGGCCCUGGACAAGUCGGCGCCCUGCCGCCGCUCCGUGGACCACCGCAAGUACCUGCAGAAGCAGCUCAAGCGCUUCUCCCAGAAGUGCUCGCGGCUCCCGCGGGGCCUUCCUGGCCGGGCCGCUGAGCCCCACCUGAAACGGGGGCCCGAAGACCGGCCCGGGAGGCUGCCCCUCCACUCGGGCCCUGGUGCCAGCCCCGGCGGGGGAGGGGGCUGCCAGGAGAAGGCUCUGGGGAACCCCUGGAGGGAGGAGCGGCUUCCCAAGGAGCAGAGCCUCCAGGGGCAGGGUCCCGACGCUGCCAAGCCUGGCCAGGUGCCCAUGAGGAAAAGACAGCUGCCCGCUUCCUUCUGGGAAGAGCCAAGGCCCACCCACAGCUAUCCCUUGGGGCUGGAGGGGGGACUGGGCCCCAGGGAGGGACCUCCCUACGAGAGUAAGAAAAGUUGCAAGGGCCUGGAGUCCCUGGGGCCUGAGACUGCCCCGGUGCCCAUGUCCCCCAGGGCACUGGCUGACAAGGAGCCCCUCAAGAUGCCCGGGGUCUCCCUGGUGGGCCGUGUGGAUGCCUGGAGCUGCUGCCCCCUCCAGUACCAUGGACAGCCCAUGUACCCAGGCCCUCCAGGGGCCCUGCCCCACAGCCAGGUGCCCGGCCUGUGCCUGUGGAGGAAGAGCCCAGCCUCGCCCGGGGAGCUGGCUCUCUUCUGCAAGGAGGUGGAAGGCGCGGGGCAGAAGGUGCACAGACCCGUGGUCCUGAAGCCCAUCCCCACCAAGCCGGCCGUGCCCCCGCCCAUCUUCAACGUCUUCGGCUACCUCUAGCUGGGCUGGGAGGGACUCGGCCCCCUCCUCCAGAUUUCAGGGGCCCCAAGGAGCUCUCCUGAGGAGGAGGGGGCUGGGCAGUGGCGUGGCCUGGGGGCAUUCCAAACAGCCCUUCCCUUUGUGUGUGGGGGGCAGGGCGGGCAGCACCCGGGGGCUUCUCAGGCAGACACCAGCCAGCCCUGCAGCCUUGGCAGCUGGGGGGCGGGCCCGGCGGGCCCCUCCCUGUCCCGCCUGGCAGACCAUCCCCCUGACCCUUGGCUGACCAUGGGCCCUUGCCCACCAGCAUCGCGGAAGCCAGUUUCACACCUGUCCGCUGUGAGCCAGUGCCACUUGUUGUCCUGUUUGUUCUCUGUAAAUAUUAAGAAGGUUGAAAGAAUAAAGACGUUUCUUUUGCAGUUUC